AAGAGAAUAGUAUGCUAAGGAGUAGCAUUUUGCAAUUCAAAAAUGAUUUUCAAAAACAGGCAAAACGUAUUAAAGCAAGCCAGGAAAUGUUACGGUCAGUACCUGUGAUGAAGCAAACUUCGCCUGAGAGUUCUACCGUGAGCAAUACUCAUACCCUUCAAAAACGCAUAAAAGAACUGGAAGAAGAACUUCGACUCAUGAAAACUGAUAACGAGAAACAAAAAGCUCUUGUGACAAAAUACAGAGAACGAUGGGAAAAGUUGAAGGAGUCUGCGAAAAAACGGAGGGUGAACAAACAAGGCGAUCCAACAGCGCAACAAACCGCUGAACCUUUGCCCGCUCCCAAAAAAACACCGACUCCUGAUUCGGCUCAACCGCCCCAAAGCCCUCAAAGUUUACCAUCAUCACCAUCAUACUCAAAAUUACCUCAGACUGCUUCGACCCCUUCAUCUACAACCAUAACCGCUACGACAAUUACGACUGCAAUUGCUGCUCCAGAAUCGCGGAAACAUCAGUCGUUACCUGAAAUAAAUCUUCCUUUUGCUCUUCAAAAACCGUCUCAUAAGCCCGGUUUUGGCGAGAUUUUAGAUGGAUCUACUAGUUCCAAAAGUAAUAUCGGAACGCCACAAAAGAAUUCUAUCUCUUCAACCACUACAAUCGUUAGCACUAUUGAGACAGAUGCAAAUAAUGUUUACGAAAGCUUCUCCAAUCAAACCACCUCCCCUUUGCGCUUCUUGUCACGACGAGAAUCUGGUGGUUCGGCUCUUCCGACAGUCACCACAGUUACCAUAGAAGGUGUAACUUCACUAUCGAACCAAAAAGAACUGGAUCCAGAUGAAUU